CCGGGCCGGUGGCUGGGAAGGCAAGAAGUCGGCAUAGCUGUUUGACGUCGUAUACGGCUGUGUCACUUCGAGCCAGCUCAAUCCACCGGCUUUCAGCAAACGAAGAUUUGAAGAUGCGCGGAUGCUCCCGUAAGGAAAUCACCGGAUCGCUCCCGUACAAUUUUCGCCGGGAGAGGGCGGGCGUUUUGACAGCUGUCAUUGCGCUUUCCUUUCUGGCGAACGUGGGAGUAAAAUGAAAUGAAAAUCUUUAUUUAUAUCACACACGACGAUGUUCCCGUAGAGUGCGACCGGCUGUGUGCUUGAGUGACGAAACGAUACGAAAAACACGACGACAGAAUGGCGAACGAGGAGGUGUUGGGUCCUCGGAAGACGAUGUUCGUAUUAGUGAUUGUUGUGGGGUGUUUCGCGGUGUUGUGGCCCAGGAUCCUGUCGCCGCUGAUCCUGGGCCACACGCAGGAGCAGCUAAAGCCGAACAAGUUCGACCGGGAGGCAGGGUGCUGCGAAGUGCUAUUCGAAUCUGAAGUAGCCGUACUCGAGAUCAUCAAUGAAGUAUGCAACAACAUAGUCAACGGAGACAUCAAGUCACCGUAUGCAGCAUACGAAUGCCGUAAAUAUGUCAACGAAACCUGCGGCUUGGACAUAGCGGUGUUCCUGAAAAGAAGUGAAAAUGUUGGAAAAACAACAAAAAUGCUGCUUGAUACGAUGAAGAAUAGCAACAGUUCAUGCCUGAAGGAACACUUUGGAGUGUCCGUGAUGAGUCUGAGCUCGCACCAGGCCUACAAUUCCUGGACUAUACCGGACACACUAAAACAAGAGCGGCCACCAAUACGCGGAGUUGGUCCUCACCCUGCCCUCCGGGAGAGAGGCCGGGCGAUACCCCCCGGGGCUCCGACACCCCCGUCAAGAGGACCCGUGCCGAUGCCCCCCCACGUCAGGGUACGAUCCUCCCCCCUUUCGGGGUACUUUGAGCUGGACAUUAAGCCCCCCCCAAUCCCCGGAAUGCGGCCUCCGCUGGGGUCCCCGGGGGGGCCCGUGCCUGCCCCCAAGUCGUCCAUGGGGUUCGUAAUGCCGAUCUACACUAUAUGCAUCAUCGUGUUCUUCGUGUACACUCUUAGUAAGAUCUUGUUCAAGAGAACAGGCAGUGUCCCAUACGAGUCCCUAAGUCCAGACCCUCACUUCAGGAGGCGAGUCUUCAGAGAUGACUCCAGGACAUCGCCAGACAAACUUGUUGUUACGGCCAUAUCGGGCCUGGUAGCCGAGGUGCAACAACAGAUGGAGGCGAGCUACGCACAGAACCAGCAGAGACAGCAGGAUGCACAGGAUAAUAAUGCUCGUCCGUACACCAACGGCACAGUUCUGCACGACAAUGGACCAGUCCACAUUGUGGCGAGCGAAUACAAGGACCCCAAAGACAAGGCUCCUGAACCAAUAGAGAAAGAGCCUUCGCCGGAAACUAAAGAACCCUCCAAAGAAUCUACUCCAGAUAUAACUCCAGUGCCCAAAGCGCCUGAGUCUACUCCCGAACCCGAAAGCAAGGAACCUUCGCCAAAACCUGAAGUUGUACAUGAUAAUGGUGAAACAGAACAAGAAGAUGAAACAAGCAAUAUCAAAACAGAAGUUACAACAGAAAAACAUUUGGAAAAUGAAGAAUCAGGAUCAGAACCAGAAUUAGAAUUAAUCAAUAAAGACGAAUCAAAAGAAAGUGAUGAAAAUGUUAAAACAGAAGAAUUUUUGAACGAAACGAAAAAGAGUCUGGCGAAUGAGGCGCAAUCUACUAGAGAACUUUUAGAAGAAGCUCUCAAAGAGGAUGGAAAUGGAGAAUUCGAUGAUGACGAAGAAGAGGAGGAAGAAAUAGAAGUACCUGAAAACUCUAGUGUAAAAGUGGUAGGGAUGGAGCUGACGGCGGCGGCGGCGGGGGGGCCGUGGCGGCGCGUGGCCCCCCCCGAGCCGCCCCUGGCUGCGCCCCGGCCCGCGCACGAAGCUGAGGAUGUGAAGUCCAUAUUCCUGGAGACGGAGAUCCCCCAACAGUCCAGGGUGCUGGUGGCGGACUUCGCCGAGGAUCGCGAGGAACCGGAGCGACCAAAACCCACCAGGCAUUCGCCGAUGGUGGUGAGCGGUAAAAUGACUCUGUCUCUUAUUCAGGAUACGCCCAGAGACACGCCUGAAAGGGAAGCAGAAUCAACUUUGGACGAUUUCACCACGGCAAGUGGACUUACUCAGCCUGCAGAGGCAGAGAAAGAGGAGGAACUAUCAGACGAGGAGGUGGAAGAAGAGAUAGAGAUCGAGGAAAUAGAGGAAGAAGUUGAGGAAGACGAGGAAGAAGAAGAGGUGGAACCCCAAAAAGUGGAGAAUAAACCGAAACAGGGUUAGGACUGAUAGUACUUAUACAUAUAUGGCGUUGUGAAUUUUUAUACAUACAGUGGCGCCAUCUCUACGGUGUGACAGCAACGAAAAAAAUCCUAAAACGCGCAAGCAAAGUUUCGCGGAUUGUAGAAUAAUGUACAACGGAGCCGCUAUUAUGUUCAGCAUUUUCUUAGACACAGAAAAGGCGUUUAUAUUUUGGCGUGUCCUCAGUAACUCUGAAAGCAGACAUUGUUGCCACUGUCCCCACAUACUCUUAUAUAUUAUUUUCAUGUUAACUCGUCAGUUCAACGAUAUAUUGACUAGAGGUGUUAGUGCGAGUAUUAGAAUAGAAUAAAUAGAUUUAUUUUCAAAAUUGGAUACAAGGUAUGACUUAUUGACGUCACAUAACUUAAAUCUAAUUAUAACUACUACCGCUUCCAAAGCGCAUGUGUAGAAGAAGCGGCGGAACAAACUUCACUGCAGCAUUUUCAUCGGACGUCAAUUUACAAAUAUAGAUCUCUUAAAUCUAAAUCGUGGACUAAUGCACAUUGUCUACAUCUAUCGUCUAUUACUCGAUCAAACGCGUCGAGAAAGUAAACGCGAAUUUGUAUGUGAUUUGAUCAGCGCCAUCUAGCGGUAACGCGAUGGCACUAAUGCAAUUGAAAAAAAAAAUUCGUGAAUACUACUUAUUGACGACUUUAUUGACCUAUUAUGUAUCGUUUUGUAAAUAGAUUUGGCAUAUUUUUUUGGUGCGCCCCUAGCUUGUGAUUGUGCCCUUUAGUCGCCCUCUUACUAAGUCCACAAGAGAUUGUGCCAUAUGUUUCUUGAUAUCACGACGCCUCUCAUUAAUGAUUGAUAAUAACUUAUACGGUGAUUUAUUUAUAUCAAAAUACGUAUUGCUUCGCCUCAGUGUAUACUUACUUUAUAUCUUGAUGUUAAACAUUUGAAAUUAUUUGAGUAUGUUAUAUUUAAUUUAGAAAGUACUGAACAGGAUAUUAAAGAUUUACAUACAGAUUUUAAUAAAUUUGGUUAAAAUAUGUAGUUAUUAAAAAAUAUUCCUCUUAUACUUAACAAUGUUUAAAACUGGUUGGAAAAUUUGCAUAGGCAUUUUUAUUUAUUUUAUCCCAAAAUGUUUUUAAUUUGAAUUGUUGAAUUUUUUAGGGAAAAAAUGUUUUACUAAUGUGUAUUGAAAGUGUCCAUAUUAGGUCCUAAACCUUUAAUAUAACAUUAUGAAGAUUGCAUAUCGUUUUUUUGGCAUAAUCAUGGUUUUUCACAACUUUUCAUUAUGUAAAACGUUUUAUGCUGAAAAACUAAAUUUAUUCCGUAUUAUGGGAAUAAAUUUUACACGCCAAUAUGGACCACAAAAUAAUAUCUUUAUGUGACAUUCUAUAUUUAAUUUAUUGGUGUACAAUUCUUUUAAAAUUUGUAAAAAGAAUUACUUCUUUUUUUGUUGGGCGUUAACGACGAAUUUUAUAAUGUAAGUGUUUUAUUUGUGCCAAAUUUUGACUUCCUAUAUAAUAAUAAUUAUUUUAAAUUUUAGUCCAAAUGUUUUGGCGUUUGAAUUGGUAAAACUUUCGACAAACAUGUUCAUAUAAAGUAUAGUGUUAUUUACUAAGUCGGAAGUGAAUUAACUAAUAAUGCCCCAAAAAUCAAUGUUGAAAAGAAUGUUUGCUCAUAAUGCUACCCAAGAUUUUUAUGGGUCUGUCCAUUCAAUAUUAAGUCUGCUUAAGCCAAAUUUUCGAUGUUUUUUCUAAAUACUUUUAUGAUCUAGUCUGGAUUCCUUCGGGGUUUCUAAUAAACGCUGUCGAAAGUACCGGUAAUUUUAAAUUUACGUAAGGGCAUUUUUACGCCAAGUACCGAUACAUUUAAGUCGAGUACCGGUGGUACCGUUAAAGUCAAAUACAGAUACUUAUUAGGGUAAAUAUCGGUAUUUGCGUUGAUAAGUACAGAUAACAAGGCAGUUUAUAUUAAAAUCGAAAGUUAAAAGUGUGUAAAAUUGUUUUUACUGUAUCCAAUUUACUAGAGAGAACUAACCCAUUGGUGGUAAGUCUUCAAGGCAGCUUUUAACGCUUGACAAAGUUAUAAGGGAGUACAUAACAUUAUUGUAAAUAAAAAAAAAACACAAAGGUGUAUUAAAGCUUUGUUAUUCAGGAAAG